AGAUUUAUUCAACUUCCUGGUAAUUCUCCACCACUUUAUGUAUCCAAAUCAAGCUUCUUACUGUUGAAGAGUUGAGUAUAAAGAUGUGAAGCACAAAGGGGUUAAGGCUGAAGAGGGUGUGUUAAGCAUUGGUGUGAUGGGAGAGGUUCACAAUGGCCUGACCGUACAAGGCCGUACAAGGCCGUACGGUCCGUACACAUUCAGAUGGGUGAAACCUCGACCACGGUCACAAGGAGUUACCCGAGUAACUCAUGUGGAAAGGAGAGACUUUGGCUGAUGGAUCAGACCGUUGGAGGAUAAGAAGAGGCGCGGCUUGACAGGCUGGCACAGCUGGAAAGGCAAGAGCAUCUUGGUCCAAGAUGCCGGAUGCUCCAAGCGUGUGGAGAAGCUGAUUGGCCGGUCCAAAGAAAGCUUAUCUUCUCCUUGUUGACUUCACAUGCUUAGCUGAUCUCUUUGAUUUCGAAAACCCUUAUGAUCUCACACUAUAUAUUGUAACUCUUGUCAUUAAUAAGAAAUCAUACAGUUCUGAGUUUAUCUCUUGAAGUUCAUACUCUCCUAAACAUGAUUCUAGUCUAAUCUCUUCAUAAUCUCUCAUUCUGGUCCUUAAUCUUCUCUAAAUCAUUUCAUUCUCUUAAACUUUCAUUGUAUCAGAGCCAGGUUCCCCAUUUCCUGGUUUCUAAAUCUCAGUAAUCUUCAGCUUCAUUUCAAUCACUGUUGGUCUUAAGCAUUUGGAAUGGAAGAAAGCAAGAGCAAGGCUCUCUCGGUUGCGGUUACAUUGAAGGGUGGUACUAACUACCUGUUGUGGUCUCGCUUGGUGAAGGCGGCAGUUGGGAGCAAGGGUUUAUGGAGCCAUAUCUCAGAGGGAGCUCCAAAACCAGUUGCUAAAGAAGGAGAAGGCGGUCAAGAGCUGAUGGUGGUAGAUCAAGAGAAGUGGGAUCAAGAUGACCUGAAGGUGCUUACGGUACUACAUGGAUCACUUGAAGCUUCAAUCUUGGAAGCCUACAGCUACUGUGAGACGCCAAAGGACCUGUGGGAUACGCUCCAAAAGGUCUAUGGUAACAUCUCUAAUCUGAGCCGUGUGUUUGAGUUGAAGGGAUCAAUCAACACGCUUGUGCAAGAAGAGGUGGAGUUUACUAAACACUUGGGAAAGUUCAGAGCCUUAUGGUCUGAGCUAGAGAUGCUGAGGCCUAACACCACUGAUCAAGAUGUUCUCAUGGAGAGAAGAGAGCAGGAUCAAGUGUUUGGGUUGUUGCUCACCUUGAACCCGGUCUACAAUGAUCUCAUCAAACACAUCUUGAGAUCACCAAAGCUCCAUUCCAUUGAAGAUGUAUGUGCGCAGAUACAAAGAGAGGAGGGAUCAGUUGGGUUGUUUGGAGGAAAGGGGGAGCUUACACUCGCAAAUCAAGCUGAUGCUAUCCAAGCAAACAAAGCAGCUUACCGGACUGAGGAGGGAAGGUUUGGAGGGAAGUGUGAUCAUUGCAAGAAGCAGGGCCAUAAGAGGAGCCUAUGCUGGAUUCUACACCCCCAUCUCAAGCCCACCAAGUUCAUGAAGGAUAGAGAGGCAAGGGCGCAUCUAUCUGAUGGAGCUAGUGAAGCUGGAACAUCUGGAGCUGGACAGGCCAUGCGAGAAGGUGAAGGGAAGGCCUUAACCACUCAGCACAUUCCGGGGAAGAGCACUGAUGGUGAGAUGAUAAGGAGAUCAGACAUUGAUGGCUCUUAUCAAAGCUCUCAAGGAGAAUGGUAACUGUAUGAACACUCCUCUAGGAUACUCUCUUGCUGCAUCAUACAUAGAUAGAACUCAUGGUUAUCUAAGUCAUAACAGUAAGAUGAAUGAUGCAUCUAGAUUUCUAAACAGCUUGAAUGAUUUGCCUAGAACCCUUGCUGCUAAAAAUGUGAUAAAACCCUUGAUUGUAGAUUCAGGUGCAUCUCAUCACAUGAUUAGUGACACUAGUCUUAUUAAGGAUAUAGAACCUGCUUGUGGUAAUGUGAUGAUUGCAAAUGGUGAUAGAAUUGCAAUUAAAGGGAUAGGAAAUCUAAAUCUGUUUGAUAAGGAGUCUAAAGCUUUCUAUAUGCCUGAAUUCACAUCAAAUUUAUUAUCUGUUAAAAGAUGUACUACUGAUUUACAUUGUAAUGUUAUCUUUAGUCCUAAUGAUGUGAAGUUUCAGGAUAUUGACACAAGAAAGAUGAUUGGCAAGGGAGUUACCAAAGGAGAGCUUUAUAUGCUAGAAGACAUAGCUCCCAUUUCCAAUUCAAGUUUCUCGUUUAGUUCUAUUUCCAGUUUGAAUAAUGAUGCAUUAUGGCAUGCUAGAUUAGGCCAUCCACAUGUUAGAGCUUUAAGCUUAAUGUUACCAGGUGUCAUGUUUAAAAAUAAUGAAUGUGAAGCAUGUAUCUUGGGCAAACAUUGUAAGACAGUCUUUAAAAACUCAACUACUAUCUAUGAGAAAUGCUUUGAUCUUGUGCAUUCUGAUGUUUGGACUGCUCCUUGCUUGUCUAGGGA